AUGUGUGCGCUUGCUUUCUCCAGCGUGGCAGUGAGCCGCACUGCCAUCCCAAGCCGAGCUUCCGAAGCUCGCCAGCGGCCGCCAGAGGCAGAAGAGGCCCGCGACGAAAAGCGGUUUUUGCGCUUUGGUUUCAGCCCUGGCGCCUGGGCCAUCCGGGCCCCGAGCCCCUGGCCGGCGCUCGCUGUCGCGGCUGCAUGGGGAAGCCGGCAGGUCAAGAGCCGCCGGCGUCUGUCCUUCGGGCUGAGCCUUGCUUUGGUUCCCACCGCUGCGCGGGCGGAGGAGGGCCUGAAGCAAAUUGGCAACGAGAUCUUCAGCGUGCAGCUGCCGCAGGGAUUUAUUUGGAACGAGAAGUUCAUCCUUGCGAAAACCCAUCUCUUCGAGCAGAGCGUCGGUGCAUCCGACCCUUAUGGAAAGUGGCCGCUGGAAGCACGUAAUGCAUGGAAUGAGAGUUCAUUGGGUUGGUGUUUGAUCUGCACAUUUUGGAAGCAUGCUUUACCUUCAAUGCUUCAAUGCCCGAAGGCAGUCGAACGCACAGCACUUUUCAUGCUCGCGCACACAUCACCCGCUUUCAAAGCUGAUUUAGCGUGCUGGGGACUGGCCAUGCUUUAG